AUGUCUCGGAAAGGACAAUCAAUAAUUAAUGAAGAGGAAGAAAUCCUAAAAUCUAUAAAUAAAGAUGACAAAUCGAUGAUCUCUGAGAAUAAGAAAGAAGAAGAGGUUGGUAAUGGAGAAAAGUCAGAGAAAGAGAAGGAUUCCUCAAACAAUGUGUUAGAUGAAAUAGAGUAAAUUAUAGCUAAUGAUGCUGGCUUUUGCACAAAUUUGUAUAUAUAAUUCAAACUAUAUUUAGUAUGCUACUUAUUAUCUAUGUUGUUUUAAUAAUUCAAAUUUAUUUAGAAUAUCGUAUACCAGAAGUACAUGAAACUAGUUAGAGUAUCAAGAAGUACAUCUCUUAGAGGUAUCUUUCUUAAUCAUUUAAAUAAUAGAAUAACAACAUAAUUAAAUGAGAUACAAGAUGUUCCCAUCAUAUAUAGUGAGUACCUCGAAAAAAUUAUUUAUUAUAUGCAUGAUCAUUCUGAAGAUCGGAACCGUUUUAGUCUUUUAUACAAUCCUUUAAUUGAAAAUUCAAGUUAAUAUAACGAGAGUUAAUAUAUAUUUUUGGAAAACUAUAAUUACUAUCUUUGUAGUGUAGUUUCUUUCACUCUCAAACAUGUAGAUGAAGAUUUAGUAUAUAAUUUUAUCUAUCCAAAAGGAAUCAGAUGAAUUUGUUAGGAAAAUUAUUACUAUACAGAAUACUGAUAUAUAUACAAUGGCAGAGACUAUGUUGGGUAAUUAAUCAGAUAUGAACUAUGCCAAUCAAAUCAAUAUAUCUGAAAUUGACAAAAAGUUUUUACCUAAUAUGACUAUUGAAUGUAAAAUAUUUAAUAAAAUCCAUAUUAGAAUCUGAAGGGAUUUUUUAAGUAAAAAUGUUCUUUACAAAUGCUAUGGAAUAAACAUUUGCUUCAGAGAUGUUAUCAUUACUUCAAAGUCAAUUUGAUUUUUCAUCUCUUUUCAUUUUAGAACAUGAUAUUUACAUAAUUAAUCCUUUGACUGAAGUAAUUCUAAAACUUUCUAAUUAAUUUGACAUUAGUAACCAAGGCAGAAUUAGAUAUCAAUAAAUUAUAGAUUAUGGAGUAUAUUAUUAUUAGGGUAGUAAUGUUUAAUCAAAUGUUGUAUUUGGAAUAGUAACAAAAUCAUUAUUUGCAGCUGUGGUGUUCUUUUAGAUUGUUUAUACAAUUGGUAAGGUAUUUUAAUAUAUUUAAUAUUUAAUAGAGAAUAUUUUUCAUGGUUAUUAAAUUUUUAUCAACCAGAAUAUUUGAAUUUGAAUUUGACUUACUUUUCAUUACAGCAUAAAGAACAUUAAAUUUCAUUUACAUUAUUGUUUGGUUUUUAAUGUUUUCAUAAUUUUAAUCAAUUUCAAUCACUCCUCAAAUUACUUAAGAAUAAAUAAUAGGCAUAGAUAAUUAUCUUCAAAAUUCAAAUACUUAUCAAUUAUUUGCAAUUACAACUUUUAUAAUAACAAUUUAUGAUAUAAUUAAGAUUAUGUCAUCAUUCUUUCCUACUUUUGGUGUCUUAAUGUAUACAUUUAUUGUAGCUGGAAAAGAUAUGAUUAUUUUUAUAUCGGUAUAGAUUAUAUUUGAUAAAUUUAGUUCACAGCAAUGGCCUUAAUUAGUUUUAUUAUGAUAUCUAAUAUAAUAUUUGGACCUUUGAAUGAUGAAAUAGCUACUUUAGGCAAUGCAGCAUAUGUAUGUUUUGAAUUUUUCUGUGGUAAUUUUAAAUUUGCUUUUCUUGAAUAAAUAGUUCCUGGUAUAGGUUUUAUUUAUUCUCUACUCUUUUUUAUUGCAUUCAAUCUUAUUCUUUUACCUUAUUUUUAUGGAAUCAUCAUUUUAACUUAUGGAUAAUUAAGAUAGAAAUUAUAACUCACUACUUAAGCUUUGGCUGAAAUAGCUGCAGAUAAAUCUACUGCUGCUACUAUGAAAUGGAUUAAUUUAGUAUUCUUUGUACCUCCUGUGACUGAAGAACAAUAAUUAAGAGAGAAAUAGAAGAAAGAAGAAGCAGAAAGAAAAAAGAAAGAAGAGGAAGAAGCAAAGAAGAAGAAAAAAACAAAAACUCCUUUAUCUUCAGGAUAACCUCCUUUAUCUGAUUAGAAAUCAAUUAAAUCUGGUAAUUCAAUAAAAUCAGUCAGACCAGAUUAAAUGAGAGGUUUAUUGAAGAAGAAGAAGAAUGAUGAUGCUUCAUCUCCUUAAAAAGCUCAACCUAAUGCAGCUAAACCUGAAGAACCUAAAGAAAAAGAGAAAGAAUUAACUUUAAAGGAAAUCUUUAUGUAUAAUUUUCAGUAGUUAGAUAUUAAGAAUGUUGUUAUGAAUUUUAUAGGUUUAGGAUAAGAAGAUUUAUUAACAAAAUAAUAAAGAAUUAAGGAGAUUAAAGAUAAGAAAGAAGAAAUCAUAAAAAGAUAGACUGAUAAUAGAAAGGAGAUGAAGGAAAUGAAAGAGAAAAAUUUAUUUACUAAUUUAAAAGAUGGAUUUUUACAUAUCAUUUUUUUGAUUUUCCUAAUUAUUGGAUUUUAAAAUUAAACUCUAAAAUCAAGCACAUUUAAUCAAGAAUAUUAUAUCAGAUCUUUUUUUGAUUCUAGUUUAUUUCCAGGAGUAAAACACUUUAAAAGUAAUGAUAUAAUUCUUGAUGACAUGGAAUCUUCUAGAGAUAUUGAUAGUUAUAUUAAAAAUAUCAUCUUUAGUACUGCAGGAGAUGAUUAUGAUAAUAAUUAUAGUAAAGAAUAAUUAAGAGAUUUUGAUGUUUUUGUUGGUUAUUCUCCAGUUAGAAUGACAAUUAGAUUAUAUGAAGGAUUGAAUGUUAAUUUCUUUACUGAAAACAAAGAUUUAGUAUUUAGAGGUAGGUCUUCAUCAGAUUUUUCACCCUCUUCAGGAGAGUCUUCUGGAGAAAAGAUGGAAAAUCUUUAUAAGAGUGGGAUAGAAUAUCAAUACAGAGGAAAAGGAAUUCCAAGUGCAGCAUAUUAAGCAGGAGGGUAUACUUUUUAAUUUUAGAGUGAGAUUAGUGGAGCUGUAGAAUAAUAUUAAAAAAUACAAUCUGAUAGUUUUUUUACUGUUUCUGUAUUAAUUUAAAUAAAUAUUAAAAUUAGACUGGAAUAAUUAAUUGUGAAUUUAUCAUUUAUAAUCCUCCAUAAGAUUUAUAUUCAUUUGUAACUGUAACAAUAUACAUUAAGGCUACUGGUUCAAUAGAACAUAUAAUUACUUUGAAUGUAUAUUUUUUAAAUUAAUUAUAUUAGACAUUUCCAAUAACUUUAUAUUCUGGUAGCAGACUUACAAGAAUUGUUUUUGAAUUGAUAGUAUUGUAUUUCCAUAUUAAAUUUUGGAAAAUGUUUUUAAAUUAAUGGAAAGAAGUUUGGAAUCAUCCAAGUGCAAUUGAUUUUACUCCUUAUGAUUUACCUUCAGAUAGAAAAUUUUCAUUUGUUGAAAGACAUUUAAAUAUGGAUUUUUCAGAUAAAAAGAAUGAUUAGAUUGUUAAUCUAUUAUUUGGUAUAGGUAAGAGAAUUUAUGGAUUUAUUAUGCGUUUAUUGACAAGUCUUAAAAUAAUGGUUUAGUAGACAUUUUUUAAUAUACUUUUAAUAACAGGUAUAUUAUUGAUGUUUAUACAAAUAAUAUAUUGGCUUUAGAUUGUUUUUAAUUAAUUAAGAAUGUCUUUUGAUUAUUAUGAAGGAUUUCUAUUUGUAAAAUAUUAAAAAUUAUAAUUUAUUAGGCAGACAAAGAACCACCUGGAAUGUUCAAUGAUUUUUAAAAUCUUGCUUCAUUGUUUUAAUUAUACAAUACAAUGGCUUCCUUUAUAUUAUUUAACGAGUAUAUUAUAUAUUAAUAAUAAAAUAGGAUGAUAAGAAUUAUGGUUUAUUUUUCAUUUUCUGCAAAAUUGAGUUUAGUCUUGGAUAUUAUAGCAAGUGCAAGUAUAGAUAUUGUAUUCUUUAUGAUUAUGUUUUGUUUAAUUGUUUUUGCUUUUGCUUGUGUAGGUGUAUUAAGUUUCGGUUAUAUAAAUGGAUCAUUUAGAGACUUAUAUUUAUCAGUGAUAUAUUCAUUACAGAUAGUGAGUUAAAAUGCAAAGAUGCAUAAAUCAGAUGGAGAAAACUAUUAAGCAAGUGUAAUUUUAUAUUAUUUUCUUAUUAAUAUUGUGAUUUUAUUGGUUUUGAUUAGAAUGUUAAUAGCUAUUUUAGAUGGACAUUUCAUAGAAAUUAAUAGUGAAUAAACAGAAAGAUUGGGUUUGGUAGAUACUAUUAUGAGUAUAUUAAGAAAUGAAUAUGAGAAAUUAAAGAAUGAAGAAGAUGAUGAUGAUGGUAUUAAUGAUGAAGAUGAUGAUGAUGAAGAAAAGAUAUAUUCAGAAUGGGCUAUAUUAAAUUGGAUUUAUAAGAAAAUUCAUGAUAUUAAAGAGUUAACUUUAUUGAUUUAUAAAUAUGGAGAGGCUAAAUUUAAGGAAUAUCGUACAUUAUUAUUUGGAAUGCUUUUUGAGAAUGAUGAUAAUAAGAAAGUUAGUCGUAAGAGUAGUAUAAAUGAAGAAGGUGGAGAUGAUGAUGAGGAGGAUGAUAAUAAAUUAAAAAUUGAAUUAGAUUUUGAUGAAGAUAAAAAUAUUACUGGAAAUAGAUAAAGAAUUGAAUCUGUUGAAGAAAUUAAAAUAUAUAAUUCAGCAAAUGAGGCUAUAGUAAAUUUAUAAAAUUUGACUGGAAAAAAAUUAGCAAGUGAAUAAUUUAAAACAACUUAAGUUUCUACAUGGAUAGCUGCUUUGGAAAAAGGUAUUUAAGAUAUUGCAUCAAAUUAAUUGAAUUUUUAAUAAUAUUAUACUCCAUAACCAAAUUAGAAAAUGGAUUGGAUCAUUUAAUUUUAAUUUUAUGAUUUUGAAAAAAAAUAUAAGGAUUUAGGAUUUGAAAUUCAUGGAGAUGAUUAAGGAGAUUUUGCUUAAACUAUUAAAUAAGAUUAAUAUAUAGAAGCCACACAUAAUCUUAUAGAAAAAAUUGAUACUCAAAUUGCUAAUCUUAAUGUUAAAUAAUUAGAUACAUUUUCAAGUUUAGUUAGAUCUAUAGAUUUUUUAUUCUUUUUCUUUACUAAUAUAAUAUUAGUAAAGAAUCCUGAAUAAUAUUUAGAGAGAUAUUAAGUAAAAAUUUAAGAAUAAGAAAAAUUUAAAUAAAAAUAAAAAACACUCAAAUUAUAAUAAUAACAAAAGAAAGGUAAGAUAAAAUAACCAAAACAACAUAAAGUUGAAUUUGAUAUUUCCCUUUUAGAUAUUUCUAAUGAAGUUAGGUAUUUUGAUGUAGAUACUGAGAAGAUAUAAAGAUAAGGAAGUAGAAAGAAAUCUGUAUUAAGAUCUUUAAAAUCAAUUAAAACUGUAAAUAAUUAAUAGAAUAAUCAAUCUAUUGAAAUAUAAACUGAACCUAGUAAAUUUGCUAAAUUUAAUGCAGAACAUUUGAAAUCUAUGAAUGCUUAAUAAAUUAUAAGUGUAUUUAGUAAAUUGGUGUGUUUAUUCUAAAUAUGGUAAGAAUUAAAAUUGAAUGAGAAAAUUAUAUUAUGGUUUGGUAAUGUACUUCAUACAAACAAAAAAGAGAAACAAAAUGCUUAGCCUUUUUUUUGUAUAUAUCAUAAAUUAGCAUUUUGGAAUGAAGCAGGAUGGGAUAAAAGAACACUUUAAAAAAUUAGUGUAUCUGCUGAUGAUCAUAAGAAACUCUAUGAUGAUUAUAAGGAUUAAAAUAUAGUACCAGAAUUUUAGUUUAUUUUAUUUUGGGAUGUUUUAGGUAAUAAUUGAUUAUAAUAUUUCAUUAGGUAAAAUGUAAGUAAUUAAUUAAAAGUCUAAUGAUAAAUAAGAUGCAGAUGAAGAAGCUGAUGAAUCUAAUUAAACAGAUUUCUUACCAAUAAGUAGUAUUUAAAUCUAAUUUGUUUCAUGUAUUAUAAUAAUAUAAUUAAUUAUUAGAAUUAUUAAGAGGAAAAGGUUCAAAAGAUCUUUUAGUUUAAGUUGAAAAUGCAAAUAGUUUAGAAAAGAAAGUAGCAAUAUUGAAAAGUAAUAUUGAUUAUAAUUAAAAUAGCUUCCCAUUUAUAGAAUGAUCAUAAAAUAAUUAUUUGGAUUUUAAUGAAUCCAAUGGAAAAGAUGGAAAUGAUAUUACAAUAAGAAAAAAGGUAAUAGGUUCAAUUUAUGAUUUUAAUGUUAUUAGAAGAAUUAUAUGAUAAUUUCAUUAUGUUAGAAAAGAUAGAAAAGGAUUUCUUUAAUUAACUAAAUUCAAAAAUUUAUCUUUCAUUUCAUAAUUUUGCUGAAUUUAAUGCAUUAUCUACUGCUCUUAAUAUAAGGAAUAAAUAUACUCAAUAAUCAGUUAAUGAUGCCAAAGAUUAUACUGAUUACAUAUAGUUUUUAGAACUUUAAUUGGCUAAUUCAAAUUAAGCAUUAGCUAAAUAUAGUGAUUUCUUAAUUAAGGAAGUAAAAAAGGUUAAGAGUAAAGGAGUACUAAAAUCUAAUUUGGGUAAUUUAAUAAAAGGUUAAGGAUAACCAUAAUCAAGUAAAGAUGAAUAGAAUAAUAUAUAAUAAUAGAUAAAACCAGAUAUUUCUAAGUUAAAUUAAAAAUAAAAAUAAGUAACUAUAAGAGAAGAUGCAAAUACAUGA